AUGUUUCCUCCUGGCCGGACGGGCGUACAUCGCACUUCGACGCUCCAUGCCUUUGUGGGUGUCGCUCCUUCGAGUUACCGGCCAGGCAGGUGGUGCAGGCUGCGCAGGAUUGCGGGCAGAUGCGAAUUCUGCCGUCGUGGUUGUUACAGCUGCUGA